ACACAGAGAGAGACAGAGAGGCAGAGAGAGAGACGGAGACCUGGACUCCUGAAACGGGCCAGGGACCUAUGGGCUAAGGGCUGGAUCUGAGAGCCUCCCAGGAGGGAUAAGUAUGACAUGCUGAGUUCUUCCUCCUCCAUUACCAGCAGAACUUGCUGAUGGGGUCUAUGUGCCUGUUCUGACCACAAAUUAUGCAACUGUGGAUCAGUCCCGGAUACUCCUUCCUCGUCUUUUAACCGAAAGCUGAACCAACUCCCAGAGGAGACCAGAGGCCAGUGAGGCAUCAGUACGUAUGCGGAAGCCAACACACAACAGGAAGUGGAGAGUUGCAGAAAGACAGUGGUCUGGUGUGGAGAUAACCAAGAAGCGUUGUAGAGGCUGGUUCCGGGCAAAAUAAGGCUAAACUUCUCUCAAAGAGCUCCAUGUUCCAGCAGUGGAGUCCAAGGUUCCAUUGGGAAGGAACUGAAAAUGAGGACCAGAGGUCAGGCAGCCUGGUGUGGAGAAGUCAAUAUGCUUUAAUAUGAACUCAUUCCAAAAGCUGGGAAGGAUCAAAUAAAAAGUGCUGCUUUCCAAGCUCUUCAUCACCUAGUGACGACCUACCUUUCCAGCCUUCUUACAUCUUUGAUCCAGUGACACUGGCCUUCUGGCUGUUACAUGAACAAGACCCUCCAUCUCUCAUCUCCAGCCAUUCCCUCUGGCCGUCUCCCACGACUGGCACACUCUCCCUCCUCUACUCUUUGGCUUCCUUCAAGUCCCGACUAAAAUCCCAUUUUUUCUUGGAAGUUUUCUUCAACCCCUCAAUUCCAGUGCCUUCUGUCUGUUAAUUAUUUCCCAUACGGGCCAUCUCCAGUUGUCCUGAUCUGUAUUUCGCCGCUGGACCCAAAACGCUCUGGAGAAGCUGUGGCUGCUGGCUUUGCACGGCGCUCUAUCGCUUGAAUCCGAUGCACUUGUGCUAGCAUGAUGGAGAACUCCUCAGUGCUCCCUUCAGAUGCUUCAGACGCCCUCUUCCCCACAGAGGCACCACCAACUGCCGUCCACCAGGCCUUCUGGAUCAUCUCACUCAUCAUCUUCUGCCUAGCCUUUGUGCUGGGCAUAACUGGCAAUGGGCUAGUGAUCUGGGUGGCAGGCUUCCGGAUGGCUCGCACGGUCACCACUGUCUUGUUCCUCAACCUGGCUUCAGCAGACUUCACCUUCACUGCCUUCCUGCCAUUCCUCAUCAUUGGCACCGCCCUGCAGCCCCACUGGCCCUUUGGCUGGUUCCUCUGCAAGCUAAUUAGCUCCCUGGCUAUUUUUAAUAUGUCUGCCAGCGUCUUCUUGCUGACCCUCAUCUCUCUUGACCGCUGUGUCUCUGUCCUCUGGCCAGUGUGGGCCAGGAAUCACCGCACACCUCGUCGAGCUGCCCUGGGUGCUGCAGGCGCCUGGACUUUUGCUCUGGCCUUCUCUGUCCCAACAGUCAUCUUCAGGACCACAUACACAGAGAAUGAGACCACUAUUUGCUACUCUGAGUUUGACCCCUGGGAGGAGGCAGGAGAUGAUGAGGAGUACUAUGAUGCCCUGUCUGAAAGCCGCCACCGGUCACUGGUGGUCAGCCGCUUCAUCCUUGGCUUUGUAAUUCCACUCCUCAUCAUUACUGUCUGCUAUGGCCUCAUCACUGUCAAGCUCUGGAGUACAGUGAAGACAAAGUCCAGUCGGCCCUUCAAGAUCCUCACGGCCGUGGUGGCCGCCUUCUUCCUCUGCUGGCUCCCUUACCACGUGAUGGGCAUGAUAGAGGUUUCUGUCUCCAGCCAUCCACACUUCGAAGAGGUUCUGCCUUACCUGAGCCCUCUCUCAUCCUCCCUGGCAUUUAUCAACAGUUGCCUCAAUCCCUUGCUCUAUGCCUUCAUAGGCCGGGACUUCAGGGAGAGACUGUUCAGAUCCCUGCCAGCUGCUCUGGAGCGGGCUCUGAGUGAGGAGUCUGCCCCGACUGUAACCACGGGCAAUAGUUCUACCUGUGCACCUCCUGCCAGUGAUGCCGAAACUCAGGGUCUGUGAGGGGGCGCCUUAUCUUCUGUGGUCUUUCUGUGGGGCCUGCCUUCACGUGGUCCAAAUUCCAACUUCUAAAAGACCCACCAACUCUGACAUUUUAUGUUCUAAGGUCACUCCUGGCUCUGACAUUUCAGGUUCUAAGGGCCCUCCCACCUUGACAUUCCAGAUUCCAAAUCUCCUUCCCUUCUGACAGGGCUCUCAAACCUCUAACAUUCUAGGUUCUAAGAGCCCUUCCCCCUUUGACAUUUCCAAUUCUAAGAGUCUUCUCACCUCUAACAUUCUAGGUUCUAGGGAUCCUCUCACCUCCAACAUUCAAGGUUCUAAGAGCCCUUCCCCCUUUGACAUUUCCAUCCCAAAUCCCUGGGUCCCACCGUUGUUCUUCCUGAACCCUCUCAGAUUUCUAAGCCUUCCCUCAGAAGCUCCCAGCUCCCUCUGGCCAAUGGCCCUUCCUGCUGUGGCUUUGGGCCCCCAGACAUGGACAAGCUUCCCAUUAGAUCACCAGAGUUUGUUUCCAAAAUCAACAUUGGACUCCUCCAGGCCUUGGUCCUGCUCCCUCAGCCUUCUGGCCCCAGCCUCUUCAGCCUUCCCAGCACAACCCUGGGGGGAAGUGGGAAUACUAGGGUGAAGAGAAAGGGGAUCCUCUUCCAGGACCUAAAAGGGAGAGGGCCAGGGAAGUAGCCUGAGACUGAGAACACCAAGAUCUGGGUUCGAGUCCUUACUCUGCCAGUGGGACCUAGGCUUAGACGUAAUUAAUGGAGGCUGAAGUGGCCCUUGGUGACCCGGGAGCACCUCCAAGGUACCAUUUCUUUUUUUUAAUAGAUGAUUUGUAAUAUUUUUUACUGGUUUUCAUGCCCCCAGAUCUCCCCAUCUUCUUCCAAAAAGCCACCCCUUAACAAUAAAGAACUCCAAAAAGCAGGGGAGAGGUGUUAAAGGAGGAAGAUGAGAGAAAAGUUCAGCAAAACUUCUCCAUUAAUGGAGCAGCUAGAUGGUGCAGUGGAUAGAGCAC